CCUGGGUUCCCUUUGCUCCCUCAGCGCCAACCGUCAAUCGAUUGGCUACGGCCGCCGCCGCCGGCUCUCCCCUCUCCCGGUGGUUGCUGGGACUUGUAGUUUGGGGCGGGGAUUCGCGAUGGAGAGGACGACGGCCAGCGGCUCCUUACUGGGAGAUAUUGGGUUUUGGGCUGACAGGACCCCAGUUCACGAAGCAGCCAGGAGUGGAGAGACCCUGCAGCUGCAACAACUCAUUGAGAAUGGAGCCUGCGUCAACCUGGUCACCUACGAUUCCAUCACGCCGCUGCAUGAGGCCAGUCUCCGUGGUCAGACUCAGUGCGUGAAAAUUCUCCUAGCCGCAGGAGCCCAGGUUGAUGCUCGAAACAUUGACGGGAGCACCCCUCUCUGUGAUGCCUGUGCUUCUGGUAGCAUUGACUGUGUGAAGGUCCUGCUCUCCCAUGGGGCCAAAGUCAACCCACCUCUCUACACGGCUUCUCCCCUCCAUGAGGCCUGCAUGAAUGGCAGUGCCGAGUGUGUACGGCUCCUGGUUGAUGUUGGUGCAAACCUGGAGGCCCACGACUGCCACUUUGGCACUCCUUUGCAUGUAGCAUGUGCUAGAGAGCACCUGGAUUGUGUGAAGAUAUUGCUCAAUGCAGGAGCCAAUGUGAAUGCUGCCAAACUCCAUGAGACUGCCCUCCAUCACGCUGCCAAAGUGAAAAAUGCUGAUCUGGUAGAGAUGCUGGUUGAAUUUGGGGGGAACAUUUGGGCCCGGGACAACCGAGGGAAGAAGCCUUCUGACUACACCUGGAGCAACAGUGCAGCGGCCAAAUGCUUUGAGCAUUAUGAAAAAACUCCCCUGAGCUUGUCCCAGCUCUGUCGACUCACCCUGAGACGGGCCAUCGGCCAGCAAGGCUUGAAGAAGGUUGCCCAGCUCCACAUCCCUCCGCGAUUAAUCAAAUUCCUCUCCUACCAGUGACCAACAGCCAAAGUUGCCAUGCUGAGGAUGCCAUUGCCUACAUAAACACCCUCUACACAUUUCUGGUCAUGUUAAAUCUCAGGCAACCCUCCCUUCCCUUCCCCCUAAGAUGUGGCUUUAAUUUAAGGGAUGUAAAUAUUAUUUAUGAGCAAUCGAUAGUUUAAAGACUGAUCAACAGGGUCCCUCAUGGCAUCCUGUUCCCAUAGUUGCACUUAGCAUUUUUAUGGUGCUUUUUUGAGCACGCAAAAUGCUACAGCACUCACAUCUUUCUGAAGAUCCCACUGUGGUCUUAUUAUUCCAGCAUUGCAGCUGGAAAAGGAUACAACACUUGCAUCAGGAUUGGAAGCAGCGGUUCACAGCUCAUUUUUACACCUGCUUACACACUACAUAGACUUUGAGGGUGACCACAGAAUUAAUCCAUCAGAGCAAGAAGCACUUAGCACCUUUUGGCACUUUUUCAGGCUGGGACCCACAUUUUGCCCCCUGGCACUCAUGUUUAGACACAGCAUAGCUAAUAAAACUGGAAUCUCUCAUAUCUUCAUAUGUGUAGUUAGUAGUUUUUUCUGCCUAAUUAUUGCAGGGAUGGACAAGGUCCACAGGCAAACUUUACCCCUGGGACCAUGCCGCCUGGUACCUUCUGUGUCAGAGGGGGAAGUGAAUCUGCUCGGGGUAUUAGCCCAAACUUUAAAAGAGCUAUGCAAGGUGCUAAAUCUUAUAACCCCCUCCCCUAUAGACACUUUUUAGUUCCUUUAAAAUUUAGAUAAAAUUUGUAGUUAUGGUUUUUAGUGAUUUUAGUUGGAUUACUUAGCUGGAUCUGUAAUGGUGGAAUACACUGAGCCUUCCCCAUUCACUGGGUAUGUGACCCAGAACUCUGGGAGCUGCUGGUGUGUCUGAUGCCAGCUUUACAGGUGCUCCAUAGAGUAUAUCCUAGGUGAGUGCGUUCCAACCCUAGCUGUGCAUUCAGAUACAUCACUGGUCAUAGGAGACUGGAAGCAUGACUUUUGGUCACUCCCUCUUCUAUGGAUGACCUGGAAUAUGAUCUGUAUCAGUGUGUCAGAACAAGAAUAAACCCAUUUCUUUCAAUACA